AUGACCACCUGUACGGUCUCCCAUAUCCGGUUGGCCACUAUGUCUCUGAAAUGCGUUAAGGAGGUUCUAUUCGGCCUAUUCCCUUAUGAUGGACUUGUUGGACUGGACACUUUGAGUGAUUCGGACUCCCAGUACUACAAUGAUCAUCACCCGAAUGACUCAGGUGAAUACCAAGCCGUGGCAUGCAUCCCUUGUUUGUUCAUAGUGGCUGACCAGGUAAACAUAACCUGGGAGAUUGCCGCGCCUGUGAUAUCACUUUACGAAAGCUGCGGGAGCAAUAGCCGCACAUUAGAAGCAACCCGGAGGGAUUACGUCGAGAGUGGCUGCAACUUUAUUCUCCAACCAUUUACUGCGGCGCACGAGCCUUAUGGCAAUAAUAUAACAAGUGUUGUGUUUGGGGUGUCAAGGAGAUACACGAGUGAUCCUUCGCCAAUUUCGUACAAUUUCGCCAACCACCCGUCACUGCCCUCGUCGUUCAAGACAGCCGCUUCCACACCAACGCUCGCUACCAUCACCACUUCAGAAAGCCCGAAGUCCACGACCACGGGUCCAUCGAAUUCCGGAGCUAACCAUGGCCUGUCGACUGCGAGUAAGAUCGGUAUCGGCCUCGGCAUUCCACUAGGAGCCCUAUCGGUAAUAAUUGCUGUGGGAUCGUUCAUCCUAUAUCGGCGACGGAAACAGCAAGAAAAGACCUUGGGGGAAAAUUCUGCGACUGUACAAUCUGGCGAUGGACUCGCGCCGCUUCCUGCAUUUGACUACAGAGACAAAAAUCGCAUGCGUCUGUCUCAGACGGAGUCAAUGGAAACAAUGCCGUCGCAAUUGUCGAGUGACUGUCAUUACCAGAGAGGGAAUGAGACGGAUCGCCCGCUAAGUGAAUUGAUGUCCGUGGAACGAGUGGAGCUUUCCUGA